CUUUUUAUUCUUGGUAUACAAUAUUAUGUAGUACAAUAAUGAUUUAAGCAUUACUUAUACAAUAACAAUACAUUAAUAAAUUCAAACUAAUAAUGUGAUAACAAAUAAAAACAUUGACUACCAUGCAUAUGGCUUUCGAAUGAAUAGUAAUAAUUCGUUAGUUAGUUGCUAUCCAAUAUUAAUGCAUAUUUUUGUGGAACACAAUUAUAUAGUAGUCACGGUCUUAGAAUAACAUAAUCUUAGAUUGUAGAUAAGAAUGUACGAAAAGAUGAUCAAUACUAUUAUCUACAGAUCAGAUUAUGAGUUAUGGCUUAUCUUUAUUCUUCAUGGUUAAGAUAUUAAGUAUUUUAAAAGUAAAUUUUAUAUUAAAUCACUAGUCCGUGACCACUGAUCACUGCUAAGCUGAAGAGCAACUGUGCUAUAUUUUUAAAGUUUUGUAAUUGUCAUAGACAACACAUUUUUUUAAUUGUUCUCAACCAUCUAGCCAGUAGACUGAAAGUUUUGUUAAUUAUUCAUAUUGUUUCAAAAUAUCCAUAUAUUUUUUUGUUAAAUGAGUAUUCCAGGAAAUACCGUUCCUUGUUUGAAGUUUUCAUUCGUCAGGAUUCCUAUGUUGCAGUUAAAAAACAAGUGAGAUAUGCAAUGAGUAAAGAAAAAUUUUCAGAUAGCGCAUCUGUACUUAUAGAACUUUUAGAAGUUUCAAUUCACUGUAUACUGUAUGCUAGGAAAAUUUAUCCUGAAGGUAUUUUUGAACUGAAGAAGAAAUACAACGUUCCAGUACAUGUUUCUAUUUAUCCAGAAUUGAAUUCAUACAUAAAUGGGACUCUCAAUGCUGUUAAAAAAAUAUUAUUAUUAAAAAAGUUAUGCAAAUUAGAUGUUUGUUUUUAUAACAAGUUUGGAGUUGCAGUUGAACGCUUUGUGUUCAAAAUUCAUAAUGUUGAACUUGAAAUGGAUUUAUCAGAUUUUUCGAAUCUAAGAGAUCCAUACUUGGUAAAAUUAGAACAAAUGUUGAGAGCUUUCUGUUUAAAAUUAACAGUUAGUGAUACUCUCUUAAAUCCUUUGCCUUUUGGUUGUACAUUUCAAAUUCAUAUUCAUACAACUGAAACAUGUUCUAUUGAAAUCCAAAAGGAUACAGAAGAAUUUCCGUUGAUACCAAGUGAAAAUAAAAACACUUUGUUGAUAUCACCUGUGGUAGUACCUUUGCGUAGUAUUGAAUGUGAGCAUUUGAAGUUGGAAAUUUAUGCUGAAGAAGGAAACAAGGAAGAUAAUUCAAAUUUAUUUACUCCAAGUCCAUUAAUUUAACUCAAUAUUCAACAAUAAUGAGUAUUAUACAUGCCAAACUUAAAUCUUAUUUUACCCUUAUGUGUAUCAUAUAAAUAAUAGAUACA